AUGGCAUCCAAGUACCCGCCCUUCAAGGAGGCCGAGGCAGCCCGACCCGAGUUUGACACCUCGGCCUCGUACACGCUCACAAAGACCGUCGACCCCGACUUCAAGGCGGGCCAGGGCCUCAACUCGCACCCGGCCGCCUCGGCCGCGGCGUCCGACUCGGCAUCCUACCACGUCAUCGAGCUGGGCAAGACGGAGAUCAGCCCAGCCAUGAUCUACAAGCUCCUCAUCUCCGGGAUCGCGCCCCGUCCCGUCGCGCUUGUUACGACGCUCAACGAGGACGGCUCGCCCAACCUCGCACCCAUCUCGUGGUACCAGAUGGUCUCGCACAAUCCGGCCACCGUGAUGAUCUCGUUCGGCGGCAGCGAGGACCGACGAAAGGACUCGGAGCUCAACAUCGGCCGGCUCGGCGAGUUCAGCAUCAGCGCCAGCUGCGAGCCCAUGGCCGAGGCCCUCAACUUUGCCAGCAUCGACAGCCCUCACGGCGUCAGCGAGUUUGCCCUGACCGGCCUCACGCCCGUCAAGAGCAAGACGAUCCAGACGCCGCGCAUCAAGGAGAGCCCGUUCAGCAUGGAGUGCACCGUCCUCGAGGAAAAGAAGCUCUACGACGCCAACGGCAAGCACACCACCACCCUCGUCCUCGGCAACAUCAAGGCCAUCCAUAUUCGCAAGGACACCAUCAACCCGCAGACGGGCGCCAUCGACGCGCAGAAGACGCUCCCCAUUACCAGGAUCGGCGGACUCCAAUACGCCAGGACCACGGUCGGUUACGAGCUUGAGCGACCAAAGUGGGAUGUCGUCAAGGACACGCCCGAGGUCAAGCAAGCGCUCGAGCGCGGAGUCAAGCCCGUUUUCGAGAACACUGACCCUAUCCUCGAAAAGUACCCCUGA